AUGGAUAACCAACAAGAUAAGGCUGUUGUUGCCUCAGCCAACGGAGAAAACACUAUGAUUAAUGGGGUCAAGGAAAAUGAUUCAGAGGACCAGGAUGUGGCAAUGAAGUCAUUUGCAGCUCUAGAAGCUGCUACACCAAUCCAGCCUAUACUGGUGGCUCAAAAAGAGAACCUGAUGUAUCCCAGAGGUCUCCUGCCUCUGCCCUCUAAGAAGCCCUGUAUGCAGAGCCCUCCCUCUCCUUUGGGCCUGAUUGAAGCACCUGAGCAUGCUGCUAAUAGUGCUUCUGUGAAUGCCAUCUCUCUUACAUCUGGUGUUGCAAAAGGCCUGAACACAUGGUCACUGCCCAAUGAGUGUGAGAAAGCUCCAUUUGCCAUAAUGGAGCCUGCAGGCAUGUCAGCUCUGAAUGGGGAGUGCCUCAUGCAGCCAAGCCGGACUUGCUUGGGCUGCUUCAUGGAAUCCAAGGAUGCAGUAGAUCCUGAGCCAGGGAUCAGUCUAAAAGUCAGUGAUCUAAAUAGGGAUUAUGAAACUUGUGCAGUCUCUGAUAUAGGGAUUCAGUGUAUCAAUGCUGGAGAAAACAUGAAAUACGGAGAGCAGCUGCUCUCAGACCAGCUCCUAGGCUUCCCACUGCACAAAUCAAGGGCAGGAGAUAGACGAGAAGCCGAGAAACCUGACAUUGACUUGGAGGACCCAGCUCAGAAAAGUUAUUAUGAGGCAUUACUAUUAGAUAAGUGCAAUACGGAAGAGGCUUUGCUGGCAAAUUCCAAUCAGGAUUGGGGUUACUUUGAGACUUUUAUUAGUGAGAGUAAGAUUGAACUGCUUGACCUCUGUUCCAAGAAUGAGCUGUCUGUCAACCUGUUCUCUGAAGAAGAUGUGGAUAACUACAUGUUCGAUGAUGAUGAGUCAACACUGGGCAGUGAUGUCUGCUCCCUGAAAAUUCGAUAUGAAUCCUUCCAGGACAACGUUCGAGACAAAACCACCCUUUUGAUGCAGGAGGAUGCCCAAUUCAACUUUUUUCCCAGUGUCUUCACUACCUGCCCCAAGCGGGAGUCUAAGAGUGGGGCCCUGAAGCAGAGCAGUGAUCUUUCCCAAUUCAAGGUCCCUGAUGUGAGCAUUAUCUGGGGGGAGGAAGAUAAAACCUUGGACAAGAAGAAAGGCAAAGAAGAAGGCCAGGAAGACAAAGGUGUAGAGAAAAAAGAUGCAAAGGAUAAUGGAGAAAAAUCUGCCUUAAAUAAACCAUGCAGUGGACCUGAAGUAGGGCAAUUUAAGAAUCCAAAGCAAGGCCAUCUUGCCAAUUCCUUGGAGGCAUCAGGGAAUUUUAGUGAUGACAGUUCCUUCAUUGAGGUCUCUUAUGAUGCCAUGGGGGAGAUCAAGGACUGUAGCCGCUAUAUGGCUCGGGACACUAAUUCUGGCAGCUCCUCCUCCCAGCAGAAUUAUGGGCUGCGAGCCAAGAGAAAAGUCAGGUAUAGUGAAGAUUAUCUGUAUGAUGUUGACUCACUAGAGGGUGAAAAAGUAAAUGAGAGGAAGGAAUGGCUGCCAGGUGGUUGUAAAGAGGAAGAUGAUGAUGAAUGGUGUCCCAAAAAGAGAAGAAAAGUAACUCGUAAGGAGCCCCCUGUUAUUAUCAAAUAUAUCAUCAUCAAUCGUUUUAAAGGUGAGAAGAACAUGCUGGUGAAGUUGGGUAGGGUGGAUGCCAGUGAGACAACAGUGAAUUUGAGUGAGUCGCAGCUCAACAAAUAUGCCAAGCUGGCCCCCUUGAAGGGCUUCUGGCAAAAGAAGAAAAAGCAGAGAAACAGCAAUUCAGACUCCAACAAAACACCCUUAUGCCAAAAGCAAAGCUUUGAACCAGGUAGCUUUGAGGUGUCAUUCCUGCCACCUGCUCGCAAACGAAAAUCUAAACUUGGCAACAGGCACAGGAUUCAAAGAAUCCCAUCCAUGGAAACUUCAGCAAAUGGUAAGCAGGUUUCAUUCUGCAAUGAUGAGAGGCAAGCUAGUAGUCGUAAAGAAGAUGGAGGCCUGAAAGGUACACUGAAGUCAGCACCUCUGGCUGCCCCCGGCCGUGCAAAUGGAUCACAUUUAAAUGACAUCACAGGCCCUGACUCAGUGAAAGUCAAAGCCCAAGAUGCACAAUUUAAGGGGCCAGAGAGGAAAGUGCUCAACAAAAUCAAAUUUAAAAGUGAAGCCAGGUUAAAAUCCAAGAAAAUCAAAGCUGGGCAAGAAAGCAAGCCAGUUGUUCAAAUGACCCCUCUUUUGGGAGACCAAUCUUCCAAAGCUAAUUCAAAGAAUGAAGCUAUUCCUGGGACCUCAAAUGGUUCACAUCUAUCUGAAUUUCAUGAGACAAAGGUUGCUAAGAAUUCUACUUUCCUACCAACCACCUGCUCUUCUGAAAUGCCUCUAUCAUCUGAUCCUGUUGCCAACAAUAUACCUGUUAUCCCUGGAGGGUAUUUGCAGACAUUGUUAGAUGCUUCUGACUUGUCAAAUAAUACUGGCAUUUCAUACUUCACUCAGCAUUCUCCAGAGCAAAAUGAAGUCAGCCUCACUCAAACAGAAAAAUCAUUUGUACCUCUCCAGCCUGCCCAGGACUGUGUGCUUUCCUCGCCUUCUGAGUCUGAGCUGCUUCAAUCAUCCCAAAACUUCAAAAUGGAAUCAGGCAACUAUGGAAAUGUGUGGCCCAACAAACCUACUUCUGGCUCCCAGGAAUUCAUGGCUGCAGUCUCAAGGGAGAUAGCUCCAAACCAAUCAUGUGAAUUUGGAGUCUCCCAAGUAGUUUCCAUGGAAAAUAACCUCACAGCUACAACAUACAAUCCGGUCUGCCUCAACAGUGGUGGCAGUAGUUGCAACAAGGUCCUGUAUGCCUCUGUGCAAGACACCCAGCUCUCAUCUGAUGACUCUUAUCAAUUAUGUCACUUUAAUAAUGGAGAGAUCUGCUUUCCUUUCCAGCAGGGUCCAGUGAAUAUGGAUGAUGGGCGGCUCUUUAGCUUUGAUUCCAUGGCCCCACUCUCUGUCAACUCAAGCAAUUAUUGCUCCUUAAGCUUGAAGUCUUGUGAAAAGGAUGGUGAUGAUGAUAUCACUGAUGACUUCCUGGCCCACUGCAGCCCCAAGCUGGUGAUCCAGCAGAGCAUUGAUGAAAUAGCACCACUAAAGGAGUCCACUGACCUCCUGGAUAUCUCCAACUUCACUCCUGACAAAUUCCGCCACUCUUCCCUCUCAGAGAUGUCCCCACCUGACACCCCCAGUCUUUCCCCUCAGAUUACCAGAUGUGAGAAUAUCAAGACACUAGGAACACUAAAGGGGUUCCAAGAGGGUGCCCCAGGAAUACUGGGCAAUAUGGAAAAAAUCAAAUGGGACUGCAGUACCCUUUCACGGCAGGUCCAAGUGGAUGAUGGAUUUACUUUAAAUAACCAUCAGUUUCAGUUCCAUAUGUUCAAUGAUGAGGAUUCUGUCAGCCUGCUCCAAAAAGCCCCUUGCUUAUCAGCGUUUAAUGAUCCAUCUGGUCAAAUGAGUACCGACAACAAGGUGUCAAAAUCAAGAAAGAAAAGCUCACCCAACAAGAGUGGGGCUAUGAACCAAAGCUCUUCUCAGAAAAACAACAGGAAAAAAACCCCCAAAGCCAACAACAAAGGGAUUGAAAAACCACCUGGCAAAACCUCCCGCCAGGUCCCUAAGUCAACAAAGAAAGGGAAAUUCAUGGCUGCAGUCAAUGGAGAGAAAAUGCAAAUUGGCAUCGGUCGUGGAGGAGGCCAAAUCAACAGCAUAUCCUCCACAGGGAAGACUUUGGCUGAAUGUAUCCAACAUAGUGGCCCUGUGGCCUCUAUGAAGAUGCCAAGUCAGAAGGGACUUUCUGGAGAUUGGUCUUUGGGAAAGGAGAGCAGCCCAGGCUGGAGUGACAUGAGCAUGGGCACCAACACCAACAACCUUCUGGAUGAUGAUCAACGGGAAUUUCAGGAGCCUUCUUAUAUCUUGUCCAACAUUGCCUCUGGUAUGGCAGAUGUGCAGAGAUUCAUGAUGGCCUCCAUGGAGCCCCUUUGCGAACCCAUGGAGCACCAUGGAGACCCCAAUAUAUUCUACUCCCCUGAAUCCAAUAGUCUAAAAUUAAAAACCCUCAAAAUAUUGGCUGGGACACCACAGGAAUCUAAGAAAAAGGCCAACAGUGGCUCUCCAGGAGCCACUAAGAAUCACAGGUCCAUCAAGGGUGUGAGUAAAAGCAAUGGGAAAGCAGCGAUAGGUGAUCCUGGUCGUGCAAGCAUGCCUGGUUAUAACGAGGACUCUCGCUCUGCCUUCUUUGAUAAAAAGUAUAAUAACCUGAGCACUUUAGGCAAUAAUGGACCGACACACAAAAAGUUAUAUCGCCACAAAACCAGCUCCAAGGCCCUGAGAGAUGAGAAGUGUAAGGGAAAGCGUAUGGAGCGAGAACAGGUCCACAAGGAUGAGGCUGGGACAGCUUCUUUUGAAAAACUGAGGGAUUCCGACUACAAUCUCCUAAAAGCAGAAACAGCAUUUUGGGUUUUACCUGUGUUUGAAGAAGAGACUCCCAUUUUCCAGAAAGACAUUUGA